AUGGAGUCAAGAGCAUUCACUGUUCUGAUGCUCCUCUGUUUUAUCAAUGUCAAUGACCUUCAUCCCCUCGUUCAUCUAUGUAAUGGACUUCAUUUGUGUCAUAAAAAUGCAAGUCUGACAGCACUGGAUGUUCUACCAGGUGGAGGCUGGGAUAACCUGCGCAACAUAGACAUGGGACGAGUGAUGAAUCUGAGCUAUUCCCACUGUCAGACCACGGAGGAUGGAGUCUAUCUCAUUCCAGAUGAAGUCUUUGUUAUUCCACAGAAAGAGAGUACAGUGGAAACAAACUCUGAGAUCAUCAGGUCAUGGAUGAAUCACACAAGCUCUACCUCAAGCUCCAUCAAUGCAGACGCUUCCUUCCUUUCGGUGCUCAAUGGAAAAUUCUCAGAAGAAUAUCAACAUAUGAAAACUCGCCAAGUGAAGGACAAUUCUGUAACAUCAAGAGUUCAAGUCCGAAACCAUCUGUACACACUAAAGGCAUAUCCUGACUUCACUUUGGACUCCCGCUUUGCUCAGCAGGCAGUGGAAAUAGCACACGCCAUUGAAAAUAAUCAAACACGCCUAGAAAUGUAUCUGUCAGAGAAACUCGUACUUAAAUAUGGCACCCAUGUCAUCACAAGUAUUGAUGCUGGAGCCACUUUGGUGCAGGAAGAUUAUUUAAAAAGGUCCUAUGUCCCUGACACUCAGUCAGAUUUGUCUUCUCUUUCUGCAGCAGCAGGCUUGAAGUUCUUUGACAAUCUUAAAUUUGAUGUUGGUGGCAAGGGAUCCCAAGACAACACUGCAGUUCAGGAAUAUGAGAGAAACAUUGCACAUUCAGUAAUGCUGAGUCAUGGAGGAGCUUUAUUCUAUCCAGGCAUCACACUUCCUAAGUGGCAAGAGAAUACACUCAAUAAUCUGGUGGCCAUUGACCGCUCUGGGCUGCCACUGCACUAUUUUCUUAAUCCAUUAACAUUCUCAGACCUCCCAACACAAACGGUUAAAAAACUGGCCUCAUCAGUUCAUCAAGCAAUAGAACGAUACUAUAAAGUGAACGCUGUUCCAGGUUGUGUAAAUGUUGAUUCGCCAUAUUUCAAUUUCCAGGCAAAUGUAGAUGAUGCGUCUUGUGAAGGUCCAAUCACCAAUCUUAGCUUUGGUGGCAUUUACCAAAGAUGCACUCCAUUGACAUCAGAUGGAGAUGCCAUCUGUGAAGAGACAGCACAGAAAAACCCAGCCACCGGUGGUUACUCUUGCCCUCAGCAUUACAAUAACACCUUGUUACACUCUGAGAUUGUAGAAAGCCAAUAUAAGGAAAGCUCAACACAUACUGAAGAUUGUGGGUUUUUUAAAUGGUUUACUUGUCCUCACCAGAAAAGCGAUUAUAUUCCCCAUGUCCGUCGGGCAAAAGUGGAUACUUACUGGUGUUCCACAUUUCAGAAAACUCUAGAAUACUCUGGCUACCUGUUUGGAGGACUAUAUGGACCAGAUUUACAAAACCCUCUGACAAAAUCCAACAAUUGUCCUCCAGACUAUUUCACGCUAAAGUUCUUGUCUAAUGGCAUGAUGAUUUGUCUGAGUAAUGAUUACGAGGCUGGAACAAGAUUCUCUGUACCUUUUGGAGGCUUCUUCAGCUGCACUUUUGGUAAUCCUGUAGCAAAUAAUCAGUUUCGCUGUCCGCCUCAGUUCAGCCAACAUCUCGCUGCCAUUAGUGAUGGCUGUCAGGUUUUGUACUGUGUCCAGUCUGGUGUGUUCACUGGUGGCCUGUUAAAACCCGUCCUCCUUCCACCAUAUAAAAAACCACCAGUAAUCAGCAUUUCUGCAACAAAGAAGUAGCUGUAAUGACCUAAGGUGAUUGUUCAAAUGUAUGUGUUGGAGAAACUAUGUGACAACUUUUAGAGCAAGGUCCCAGAUCAAUUAAAUGGACACUAAAAGUGUAGAGAUGUUUCAGCCAGGUCUUCCAGUAACACACUGCAUGAGAACAUCCUGCUUAAAACUACCAGAUCCAAAAAGUACUAGUUCAGGAUGCAAUGAAUCUGGUAAAAAUGCAGUGACUGUCCCACAUACUUACACUGAAAUUAAUCAUUUGUUACAAUGUACUUAUUAAGUAAAUGCAUGUUUUUACAUUGACCUUAUGAUUGAAUACAUACAUGCAUGUACUGUAAUCACAUCUGUAAUUCAUUUCUGAAAUAACAUCUUUAAUUAAACUGUUGACCAUCCCUUACACAUUAACCCAACCCUUAAACCUACCCAUACUACCAAACCUUUCUCUAACCCUACCCAUAUAACACAUCAAAAACCCCAGAAGUGUUCUGCAAUGUAUUAUGAACACAGU